CUCUCUCCUCUUCUCUUUUCUUCUCGCUCUCUCUUUCUCUCUCUCUCCAUUCUUUCAUCUCCCCAUCAUCUUCCCAUCAUCUCCCUCCAUCCUCUCACCUACUCACUGCAUCCUCUCCCUUAACUCCCACUUCACCCCCACCGUGGUGGUCCCAUCUAGAUUCUAGAUCCACCACACAAUGACCUACCACGACAACCGCCGUCCUGCCGACUACAACUCGGACUACUACUACGCUGCCGGUCCCCCUCCCACUGGUCGUACCCGCACCGAUGUCGUCCGUCAUAGCAACCCCAGCGUCGAGUCGUUCGAGUCCGUUCCCCGCGACUACCCCCCCGGCGAAUAUGGGUACGAGUACGGCUACGGCUAUCCCCCGCAGGCCAGGCCCUCCCGCGUCGCUACCGUCCCCGACGGCCUGCACCGAUCCCACUCCAUGGGCUACCGCGAUGAAUCCGACUACUACCGUCGUUCGCACCACCGGUCCCGACGACAGGAUGACCGCCGUGAUCGUCACAGGUACUCCCGCUCGCCAUCCGAAAGUCGCUCUCCCCCCAGGCGCCGCCGCAAGUCCUUCUCCGAGCAGGCGCUGGGCGCCCUCGGUCUAGGGUCCGUCGCGUCGUCCGGCUCCCGGCAUCGUGAACGGGACCGCGGUCGCUCUCACGGCCGGGAUCGCAGGUCUUACUCGUACUCGCCCUCACCCACCCGCGACCGAAGCCGUCACCGACGUGACAAGAGCGAGCAGCGGAUUGCCCAGGCCGUGCGGGCAGCCCUGACUGCAGGUGCCGUUGAAGCCUUCCGUGUCCGCAAGGAUCCCGGCGAAUGGACCGGGGAAAAGGGUAAGCGAAUCCUCACGGCAGCCAUCACGGCCGGCGGAACCGACGGACUCGUGGACCGGAACCCGGACAAACACUCCAAGCGCCACAUCAUCGAAUCGACCCUGGCCGGUCUGGCGGCAAACCACUUCAUCAACGGAUCCCGGUCUCGCUCGAGAUCCCGUGGUCGGGGUCGCUCCGAUAGCCAGGGCGGACUGAAGAACCUGGUGGCCACCGGGGCUAUCGCCGCAGCAGGCAAGGAGGCAUACGAUCGGUUCCGAUCCAAGUCUCGUCCGCGAAGCCGCAGCCGCGGCCGUGGCCGUUCCUCCUCCCGGGAUAGCUACGAGGACCGCCGGCCCCGCCACCGGAGCAAGAGCGUCUCGGACUACAUCAACCAAGGAAUGGAAGCCCUCGGCCUAGGAAGCAAGGAAAAGCAUGGCCGGAGAGACCAGGACCGGAGAGACCAGGACCGGAGAGACUAUGACCGGAGAGACCAUGGAGGCCGUUCAUCUCGCCGGGACGACUACUCAGACGAUAGUGACUAUGAAUCCCGACGCUAUGGAAGCCCCCGGCGAUCUAGGCAUUCCAGAGAUGUGAGUCGACCUUUGUCUGCAGCCAACACCCCGGCACGACCCUCCACGCGCACCACAUCCCAAGGAAAUGGAGCUGGCCGUGGUCGUGUCCCUCCUCAUGGCGAGCAUUCCAAUUCGGACCAGGACACUGACUCUGACUUGGGGAGUAGUACCGAUGAGGAAGACAGGCAGAAGAAACUGACCCGGAAAAUGCUGGUAAAAUCGGGCCUGGCCGCGGUGGCCACGAUACACGCCGCACAUAACAUUCACGAAAGCAUGGAAAAACACAAAAAACGGGCCGAACAGGUACGAGAAGGAGAGAUAACCGCCGAAGAAGCCCGCCACCGUCGCAUCAAGGGCCAGCUCGGGGAUGUAGCCAGCGUGGGCCUGGCGGCGCUGGGGAUCAAAGGCGCCGUGGGGGAAUGGAAGCACGUGAAGGAAGCCCAACGCGAGAGAAUGGAAUUUGCGAAAGGGUGCGAUGAACGCCGCGAGCGCCGACACCAGCGGGCUCGCAGCCAUGGGCCAAUAUCCCGUGCGUCUCGGACGGUGUAUCCCGACGAGAUCGAGGAGCAUCAUCCGUCUGAGUAUGGAUCGACGGCGGAUUUGCGGUCUCGAUCAGCGGGACGGACAUCGCGUGUGCCUGUGUCACAGUAUGCAUGAAAACACAGAUUGGAGAUUUCUUGGCGAGAUGUGGUAUGAUAAUGACUUAUGAUUAAUGAUUUUCUUGAUGCACUAAAUUGAUUUACAUGCAACUUUGUAACGUGCUGCUUGCUUACGCGUGCUAUACAUGUGCAUAGCUUGUUUGAAUUGAUGUUGUUCACUUUCUUUCUGAGUUGAGUCACACAUGUAAUAGCGAAACAUGAUAUACUUCCUUCCUGACUGGAAAUCACACAUUAACUCGCCGGAAUGUG